CUGUUUAAGCGACGCGAUGACGAGCUGAACGCGCUAAAAAUGAUGGCACGCGCCGAGGCGGCGACAGAAGCCAAGUCGAGAUUUUUAGCGCACAUGUCGCACGAGAUUCGCACGCCUUUGAAUGGGCUCAUCGCCGUGGGGCAAUUAUUAGAAGACACAAAUUUGGAUCGGUUGCAAAGGGAGUACGUAUCUACGGUACGUACGAGUGGGGAAACGUUGCAAGCGCUCAUCAGCGAUAUUCUUGACUUCAGCCGGGUCGAGGCAGAUAAGCUCGUGCUCCAGUGCGAACCGUUCCACCCAGAGGUAGUCAUCGGCAACGUUAUGGAGAUAACAGCCAUGCAGUCAGCGAAGAAGAAGAUAAACAUCGGUUACCACGUGGAUAUCGGGGUGCCCAAAAUCGUCAUGGGUGACGCGAUGCGCUUGCAACAAGUGUUGCUGAAUUCCAUCAGUAACGCCAUCAAGUUCACCGACGCAGGCAACAUCAUGAUUCGACUUUACCUCGGCAGAGAGGACACGACGGAACCGACGGAUGAUAUGACAUCGGAUAAUGAAUCCUGGUUUUUGCACUUUUACGUCAAGGACACGGGCAUGGGGUUAGAUCAAAGCACAAUUCAUAAGAUCUUUCAAUCGUUUCAGCAGGUUGAAACGGGGGCGACGCGCAAAUACGACGGCACUGGUCUCGGCUUGGCGAUUUCGCGCAAAUUGUGUGAAGCGAUGGGCGGAACGAUGUGGGCCGAAAGUCAAGGGCUCGGCAAGGGGUCGACUUUCCAUUUUUGUAUUAAGUGUAAGGCGGUUUCGGAGGAUUGGAUGAAAGAGAACCAAAAAUCGCGCAAGCAACUCGCGAGCGGGGCGGAGUCGCUCCGGCAGCUCGAGCGCGAUUUGAGCGUAGAUUAUGCGGCGCAUUUCAAAAGACCAGGCGAAAAGCUGAGCGUGCUUCCACCUUUUGUCCUUUCGACUUGGCCAGUGGUGCAAUCAACCGGCUUUGACACGUCGGACCCUCGGUGUGCGUGGGCAAAGGAUAGCGUAGAGGGAACGGAGUCGAGCAUUGAUUCCGUCAAGGGAACCGCCGUUCGAGAUUUCUUCUCCUCCAUACGAUCGCAUCUAAUUUCGAGACCGGUGCGACACAACAGACUUCGUCGUACUCUCGAGACGGUUCUUGACGAAAAGGCUCAUCACGCCGACGCCGCGGACACUGCGCGUACGGAUAGUCCGACGCGAGCGUCUGGGUGCACUCGACGGAAGGUCGAUUUCGAAGAUGGUGUCUCUGGCCAACAUGUCUCUGGCCAACAUUUGCGAAUCUUACUUGCAGAGGAUCAUCCCGUGAACAUGAAGGUCGCAAAAGCUGUGUUGAGCCGCCUCGGGCACUCCGACGUCACUGGGGCGAAGGAUGGGGCGGACGCGUUGGCCAAGGUGCAGGCUGACCCCGCGGGACUCGACGCGUUCGACAUCGUUCUCAUGGACUUACACAUGCCAAUCAUGGGCGGUAUCGAGUGUACGCAGCAGUUGCGAAAGCUUUACCCAGACUGCAAGGUGCCAAUCAUCGCCGUCACGGCGGACGCUAUCGAAGAGAGCAGACAAGAGUGCUUCGAUGCGGGCUUCGAUUCGUACCUCACGAAGCCUUUCAGAAUCGAACAAAUCCAAAAGGCAAUU